GUAUUUGGUUAAGUUGGUUGUACUAAUUUCCUCUGCUAGUGUAAAAAUAUUAUUUAUUUAAUUUAUAUCUGUUAUGCAUUUCAAUAUUUGAGAGAUUCAGUUACAGAAAAGAUUUACAAGGCUUAGUAAAUGUACAUUGGGCAAGAAAAGACAAAAUGACUGAUAUAAAAAUACCUAUAAACAUGGGGGAAAUGGUAUCUUCUGGAAAAGGAACUUCAUCUAUUGUGGAUGACUUCAUGUAUGGGUCUAAUGUGGCUCAGGCCCACAUCUACAUCCGUAUGGGGUUUUUAAGGAAAGUGUAUGGAAUUUUAAGUAUGCAGCUUCUUCUAACAGUUGUGAUUGCCUCCAUCACCUUGUUCACUCCGACUGUGAGAUUUUACAUCAGUGAAAAUGACUGGAUGUUGACUGUUGCUUUCCUGCUGUCUCUGGUUCUACUUGUAGCUCUGAUGGUGAAAAGCAGACAGACUCCAUUAAACUACAUUCUUCUAACUGCUUUUACUUUUGCAGAAGCCUAUACAGUUUCAGUUGUUGUGACCUUCUAUGAUCAGUUAGCUGUUCUUCAAGCCUUUGUCUUGACUAUGGCUGUCACCAUUGGACUGACUUUGUAUACUUUUCAAUCCAAAAGAGACUUCAGCACAUGGGGAGCAGGGUUAUUUUCCAUGCUUUGGAUUUUGAUUGUUGCCGGUAUACUUCAGAUUUUCGUUGGAAGUACUGAGUUAGAGCUUCUAUUGUCUGUUGGUGGAGCUGUAUUGUUUUCAUUCUUCAUCAUAUAUGACAGCCACAUGAUCAUGCACCGUUUGUCCCCAGAAGAUUAUAUACUUGCAACUAUUGAUUUGUAUUUGGAUAUCAUCAACCUGUUUUUGCACAUUCUUCGUAUUAUUGGGAGUGCAAAAAACCGUUAAUGAAGAGUUUCCACAAAUUCAGUUUUUUGUAUUAUGAACUAAAAGUUAUUGUUGACCCAAAUACAUAAUUUUCUCUUUAAUGUUAAUAAAGAUUUCCUUUCAUUACACUUUAUUGUUAUUGCACACUUACUGAGAUAGUUCGGAAUAAAAUUUGCAUCAAUUUAUUUUUAAUCUGUUUUACAUGAUAUUGGUGACAGUAACAAGAGGUGCUGCAGCAAUGUUAAGAAAAAGUAAACACUUGUACUCACAUAACUGGAGUUAAGACCGUAAUGUGUCUGUUACUGACUGAGGUUAUCAAACUAAAGCUGAAAAUUAAGUAACAUUAUUUUCUUUAUUUCAAAAAACCAUUUACUGUAAAUGCCAUUCUUCAAGUUUUUUCUUUGAAAACAAUUUAUUGAAUUAACACUAACUUGUUUGUUUUGCAGUACUGCACAGUUUGCAUUUUUGUUGGAUGUCUUUAAUCUGGAACUGAAAUGAUUUUAUUCCAUUAUUUUAUCAACAUUAUCUUUUCACAUAUGCACAGUUUUACUAUUAUUCAUAUAUUUGGUCUCGAACAUGAACUUUGUGCAGAGUGCUAUAAAUAUUUUUUGUCUGAUAUAACUGACUCCUAUAACUUAUGUAUGGAAAGUUGCUUUCAUAAUAAAAUCAGUAUGAAGAAAUAACAUAGACACAGAGUCAAAAACCUUUGAGUUCCAGUUUAACAAAAAGAUGUGUUAGUUAGAACAUUUCUUUUUAGUAUUACAAGACACUCAGUGUAAUGGUAUUGCAUUUCUUCAGACUUUAUGGACAUAUUUUAUUGGUUGAAAAUAAAGUAAUUUCUGAAAACCAUUUUCUUGUCAACUGUAUUCAUACUUGAGGUGCAACUUUAUAACUGUACUAAGCCAGUGAUUUUGUGUCAAGAACUUUGAGGAAAAUCAAGCUUUGCUUCUUGUAUCUUAUAUCUGUCAUCAUCGUGACUGCAUUGUUUUUGUUAUAUAGAAUGUUAAGAAGUUCUAGAAUUGACAUCUGAAAAAUCACUUGGAAUUUUGUGUUUGUACCUGCUUUUCAGAUACCUAGAAUUCAGAAUAUCUGUACAGGCUUUUCACACACCUAAAGUUCACAGGCUUUCAAAUUUAAUAAAUUUGAUUUUCCUCAAAAUUAAGUUGUCAAUUUCCAGGAAGUUUUUCAUUAAAACAAUGACACUCAGUAACUGAAACAAUGAAUACCUAAUGUUUUCCAGUUUUAUAGAAUGAUCACAUUUUUCCAACUUUGGCUUUAAUAAUUUGUUUUUAAUUCUAAAAUAAAGCAUCCCAAAUUCAUGAUGACAUUUCUAAUAUUAAUUAUUUCAGGUUGUACAAUACCAAAUAUCAGAAUUCAAUGUAUAAUGUUCAUUUAUAUGUGGUUAAUAUGAUACCAUGUAGUUAAAUUUAUGCCAUUAUUUAUUUGGAGUCUUUAUUAUGUAAUA